GAUCGCUGGACAUAUACUUCGACGCAGAGUCAUUGGUUGCACCAGUUGCGUUCCUUAUGAACUGGUGACAAUAACCAAAAAUUUCUUAACAAGUGCGUCCAUCCAUCCAUGUUGAGAAGUAGGUGACUAAUUGACUGUCCAGAAUCGGAAUGUUUGCCAAGUUGAAGACUAAUCCUCAGACCCCUCAAGAAUCGAAUCCCAUUACCCAGUACUUCGAGAUUGGGAGACAGGUCGCAAGUGCUGGACCUGAACUCGUAUGGAAAAUUCAUGAGGCUGUCCGUAAAUCCGAUAAAAGAGAAGCUUCCGUCUUCUACUUUGAGAAAAAAGUAGCAGAGAAGCUCCACAAACCAAAGAGGAAAGAAACGAUUACUGAGAUUUUGAGAUUCAGCGUCCGUCAGUUGGACCGUCUCAAACAUCCGAAGUUACUCACUCUUUAUCAUCCCAUUGAGGAAUCCAAUGAGGCAUUGGCAUUUGCUACUGAGCCUGUGCUUGGUACAUUGGCCAAUGUGCUGGGAUGUUUGGAAGAACGACUUCCUCAAAACUUACCAUCGAUUGUCAGAGAAUACGCUUUUCUGGAUCUCGAAAUCAAGUAUGGACUUUUGCAACUUACGGAAGCUCUUUGUUUUCUCCACUACUCAUGCAAGCUGAUUCAUAGAAAUCUUUGUCCACAGUCGGUUAUAAUAAACAAGCGUGGAACCUGGAAACUGGCCGGCCUCGAAUUUGCUGAAAAAUGCAAUGAAAAUGACAUCAUGAAGCCGGUACCUUGCCAAGCUUUCACAUCCAAGUUGCCAAAAAUGGGACAGCCAGAUCUGGAUUAUACAGCUCCGGAAGUACAGAAUCAUUCGAAGUGUAGCCCCCUGAGUGAUAUGUUCUCAUUGGGUCUUGUAAUUUGCGCCGUCUUCAAUGGAGGUCACUCCCUCAUUGAAGCUAAUUUGAGUUGCGCAAAUUAUCAGAAGCAGUUGGAGAUGUUGGACAGCAAUCUCAAUGACUUAUUGGAUCGUGUCCCUCAUCAUCUCCAAGAACCACUGCAAAAUCUGCUGGAGAUUGAUGCUCGCAGAAGACCCAACGCUCAGAACUUUUCGAUGAUUAAGUAUUUUAUGGAGCCGGCUGUCCAUGCUUUGCAAUACCUGGAUGUGAUUCAGAUGAAAGACUCUAGUCACAAAUCGCAUUUCUAUCAUAGCCUGCAAGGAACACUCUUCAGUAUUCCUAAGAAACUAUGGUUUCAACACGUUCUACCAUCGCUAAAGACUGAACUCCAGUCGCCAGAGGUACUGGCUGCCGCUCUUCAACCCUUGCUCUUUAUGAUUGAAGAAAGCACUGUGGAAGAAUAUCAAAAUGAAAUUCUCCCAGUCUUUCGAACUGUCUUCAGUAUGCCGAAGUCUGUUCAGGCUACUGUAACUCUGCUAGAGAAUCUGGAUAUAAUCAUGAAGAAAACUCCUAAGAGUGAUAUAAAGGCAGAUGUAUUGCCCAUGCUUUACAGUGCUUUUGAAUCAACUACUCCUCAAAUCCAGUUAGCGGCUCUUCAAGCAGUAACACAGAUUGCAGAUAUACUGGAAGAACAAGCGGUGAGGAAAAUGGUUUUGCCCAGAACCAAGCAAGUUUUCGAUAACAAUUUGGGAGUUAAGGAAGAAUUUGAUAUUCAGGUGCAGAUGAUUGCUCUGCAUUGCGUUGAGAAAAUUAUCGACAAGUUAGAGAAGACCAACAUCCUAGAUGAGGUAUUGCCAAUGUUGGGAAAAGCCAAACUGCAGGAUCCAGCUAUUCUCAUGCCAGCUAUCAGAAUCUAUAAACAUAUGUUGGGAGACAAAAAAUACGGACUUACUGUCAACUUGAUAGCAACCAAAGUAAUGCCAGCACUCAUUCCGGUGGUUGUCAGUCCUGGAUUAAAGUUGGACCAGUUUACUUGUCUCGUGGAGCUGCUCAGAGAAAUGUUGGAUCACGUUGCAAGAAAUCAAAGAAACAAGCUGAAACUGGAGAAACUCUCUUCAACCGAGAUGUACCCAACAGAAAUGUCAAGAAAACGGAGCCUAGUCGAUGGUAUUCCUACUACUUACUCAAAUGCAGAACAAUCGGCCAGCUACCCCCACAGACCCCCUACUCUUCGCUUGGAAUCUAGGCGACAAUCCAUUUCCGUGGAUGACGUGGCCCGACGCUCAUCUGGCGCCAAUGGUGGAUCAGAGGCUUCAUCUCCAGAUUCAAACCUCCUUCGAGUGCAAGCCACCUUGCCUGGACGACGCCAUUCGGACAAUACCAUACAACCUCCAAGGAUCUUGAUUGCCCCUUCGAGCCCAGAUGGAUCCUACACCCCCGCUGGGGUGCAGCAGAGAAGACAUUCUAGUGUCUGUCCUCAAGAUGUGCGAUUUCAAUUUUCGACUACAAAGAUAAGCCCAUCACCUAUACAAACCACACCCAAUAUGGGAAUGGAUUUCUUGUCAUCGGGCCGUUCAAACAUGCGUCGCUACUCUGCAGCAGCUCUUUAUGCCAGCAGUGGUGUACCAGCUAGCUGCAACAGCCGUGGCCCCAGCCCUGCGGGAUCUGCAUCCAGUUUGCUACAGCAAAUAGGAUCUGGAGUGCAAUCCCUCUUCGGAAAAUAAAAAGUUGGAUUGUCAAAUCAAAGGUUGGGGGGCGGACAGAGAGAAAAAAACAAACAAUACUGACCUAAUGUGAACCCCCCCCCCUUUGACAAUCCACGACAAUGCAGCGACCAACACCUGGUCCUCUUAAAAAGAUCUUCAAAAUUGAUUUCCAACCCUCCAUAUCAGAACGUGGGAAUCUCCUGUUUCAAAACUUUAUAGAAAGGAAAGACUGUGAAAGGAGUUGGAUUUAAUCUGUGUAUUGUAGAAGAGAGCCUUUCAGCUCAUGCUAAGUUGGAUUCUACCGUUUCUAUUCAGAGAGCAGUGGAUUUAGAAAGAAAUGUCUCACUCUACUUUGAUGUAUACGACUGUACGUUAUGUAGUGUUCCAUAAGAGUCAUCUCACAAUCGAAUACAUUAAUGCUAAUAGCUAUUGUUUAAUGAUAUUAGUCUAGUUAAGACUUAGCUAUAAACAUUGGGGGGAGAUGUUAUCACGAAUUGAUGAAGGUGAUCCUAAUCACUUUCUACCUUAACAAAGAUCUAGAAGUGUCUAUUAUUAUGUACAAUGUACACAGGCACUCCUUUUGCAACAAAUUGAUUUGCAUUUCGUCUUUUCAAAAGACUGGCAUUAUGAAACUCGUAAUUAUGAUCGGUUAUAGUUAUAACCUUCUACUAUAUUCAUUCUUUGCUAUUUGUUCUCGUGACUUGCAAAUAUUGCAGAUUAAGCAAAGAUUUUGUAAUCCGGAAUUUUUUUUUUCGAAACGCCCAAAUAAAGCCCUUUAAUUGAUUCAAAACAGCUCAAAAUGCAUUUUAAGGUUUUUUUAAUUUUGAGUUAUGAACCUUAAUAUAAUUGAGAUUUCAACUGCCGGGACUUUUCACUUAUUUACAUUUUUGAACGACAAAAAAUUGCAAUGCUACCCAAGUAACACAUUCAAUUUGAUAAAUAUACUUUAUCCAUGUGCAUAACUAAUAUUACUGAAUCAUGAAUAUACAUUUAUUAAAUUAUUGAAGCAUCUCGUAUUUGAUCAAAGGAGAAUUUCUUUAUACCUUUGAAACGCUCAAUUUCAGUCGGUAUUUUCUGGAGAGUGAGACAUUUGCUUUAAGGCUGGCGAUAAAAUAUCUCAGCCUUUCAUACUUCAUAAUUUUGCAAGAAUAAUUUCUUCGGGGACCACUUACAACUAUCAACGAUGGUGGAAGUUUUAAUAAGGAUGAAAAAUUCACUGCUCUUAUAAUAAACAAGAAACUCAGUGUAGGUUUUGCUUUCGAUUUUCAGAUCAUGUUUAUACACGUGGAAAAUCAUAUAGCUUCAUUGGGAAUUCCAAAACGUUUUUUUUUUAAAUCUAAAUGUGAACUAAUUACUGUAGUACAUUGUAUGGUAUAUUCUAUUGUUGUGUUGUUGUAUCUUGAAGAGUUAUCAUAAUAUAAUGUUUCACGAAACAGGUAUUUUGAUGCUCUACUGUCCCCUCCUUUUCUCUAUAUUCUAUAACAAAUGAGGAUUGUAAAAUAAAAGGGGGUUAAGUGCCAAUACAAGCAUAAUAAGUAAUCCAAAAUUGUAGAUUUAAAAUUUAAGUACGGUGCAUAUUGACCUUCGAAUGAAAAAGGAAGAAUAUUUGAUAUGGAAAGCCUGAACUUUUGCUCAACGUAUAUCUAUUAGAUAUAGGUAUACCUCUGAGCCUUGCCUGGCACUUAGUCCCUUUCCUAUUUACUUGCCUCAAAAAAUAUCUAUCUAUAUGUGAUUACCAAUCAGCGCAGUGAUUGCAUGUUUCUUGUUUUAGUAUCUACGUGCGAGAAAAUCGAUCCUUUUGGGUUUGGUUUCUCAAACAAUCAUUCCAUUAAGAAAAUGAUUUUAGAGUUCUCUUAUUCCUUCAUGGUAGAUGUUGCUACAUGGUUGCAAAAUGCCGAGCAGGUUGCACAUGUUUCUUGAUGCACUUUGUUUCAUUGCCGCACUAUUUCGUGUCAUGUUUAUAGUUAUCGUUAUAUUUCUGGUCGAAUUUUCAUUGCUGAAGAAAUGUUCAUGCAAAACGAAGCGCGCUGCCUCUUGUAGCGAAGGACCAAUUUUUAGCACAUUGCUUCAAAUCGAUAUUUUGCUCUUUUAUUUUCAUAAAAAAUGCUGUGAAAGCAGGCGGAUGUUUCAUUUUCUAUUAGACAAAGGAAAAUCACUUGAAAACUCAAAUCCAUAUCUGAUUACCUUAAAAAUUGCUAAGCAAAUAUGCUAGAUUUUCACAUAUCAGAGGGCAAAGGACAAACUCUUUGGAUAUUUUCAACCCACAUGUAGAAAAAUUUAAAAAAUGGGUCCAAGUAAGAAUUAGGGCGCUUCGUUUUCUCCCUAUUAAUAGGGAUUGGGAAGUUUUUGUGUUUCGUUUUGAACUGUAGUAUAAAGUCAUGUGACGCUAGGAUUCUAUUGAGCAGAGGAUCAGAUAUUCUGCUCACUAGUUCGAUUCUUCUUCCUCUCUAUAUGUUGUCAGUGAUUUCAGACACUUCUUUUAUUGUCAUCUGAAGAAGGUUCAUAUUUAGCGUUCAGAAAUUUUUUUUUUCUUUUUUUCAAAUAUAAAAGCAAUUCAUUUUUUGGCUCUGUGCCCAUGAAAUAAUUGGAAAGAAACAAAAAAAACCCUAAAGAUUUGCUAUUUUUUUAGCCUCUAUGGGUUCUAAUAUAUAUUCUAAUUCAAUUCAAUUCAUGUCCCUAAACAUGCAUAAUCGCUGCUUUACUCAAUUGUGGACAAUCAUUUACAGAAGAGUAUCUAUAGCUAAGAAAUAAUUUUUCUAACAUUUCAAAACAGUUUACAUAAGUAGGAAAAAAGGUAACAAUAAGUUGCUAAAAUUGUUUUUUUUUUUGGUUAGAUUUUUUCUUUAGCCUCCAAAUUUUAUGAUUGGACUUCAAAGAAGUGUUGCUGUUAACUGAGCGCCACACACAUCGAAUGAUGGAAAUAACGAUAAACGUGCCAAUUAAUUUUUAUUGUAGUCAAGAUCUUUUUGUCAAAAAUCGUGCUCUGUGACCAUUUGUGCACGCCUACGUGUGUUCUUUCUAUCAAAGUUUUCUCUUGCUAUUCAUUCCUUGUACAGAAAACAAUAUUCAUUCAUAGCCCUGCGAGGCGCUGUGCAUGGUGUGUUUGUGUCUUUUCAUGUGCUAAAGAUAUUAACAAUAACCUUGAAAAUUCUUUUAUGUAUUAUGUGUUCUUUCAUUGCUCUGUUAAUCGCUAGAACUGUCUGUUUAAAUGUUCAUUUAUCACACAACAGGAAAAUAAAUUUUAUCUGUGUA